AUGUCGACCUCGGUCUCUCUUCGCAAACGCCGCUCCGUCGCAUCUCGGCCCAUCACCAAUCGACCGCAAACCAUCACAGGACAGCAGAACAAGGCGCUCAACGAGGAGCAAGAGCGCGAGCGCCAAGCCAAGGAGCUGGAUGCGCGUCGACGUCGCGCUCGUCGCCGCUUAGACGAGCUCGAGCGAAUCAACUAUCGCGAUGCACCCACAGCUUCGACAUCGGCAGCAACGCCUUCCCUCGACGCAACCGCCUCGGGAACCAGCGAUGGAGCAAUCGCAGCAACGACUGGAGACGCUGAGCCAAUCACAGCAGGCACCGCGUCUGGCGUGAGCCAAGCACAAAGGCGGCGAAAUCAGGCUGAAAUUAAACGCAUCCUCGUCGGCGGGCGGCGCAACCUCCAUUCCAUCGUAGAGGAGCUGGCGGACCAGGGAAGGCUGCCAUUGCGACCAGGCAAGGGGAAGGCGAACUGGAGAAGUGCAAGGUCAGGACCAUCGACCGUGCCAGGAAGAAAGUACUGCAGCAUAUGCGGAUACCAUGGCGAUCUAGCUUGCAUGCGCUGCGGUCAUAGGUACUGCUCGAGGAGAUGCAGAGACACACACGACGAGACGCGCUGCGAGCGACCCAUGCGCUGA